AUGGAAUCGAAGUCGCUGACAUCUUUUGUGCGCAAUGUUCGAUUAUGCAAUUCAAUGCAGUUUGAAGAUGCAUUUGAGUUUUUCAAAGUGGAGCUGGUGUACUUCGACCUGGGGCUGCAGAACCGCGACGCCACCGACGACCGCGUCACGUGGGACGCGGCGCUGGCCGUGCUCAAGCACAACAGACUUCAUUUACCCUGUGACUGGCCGUUUGGUGGGCGUGCGCGCAGGAACCUGCUGGGCGGCACGGUGUUCCGCGAGCCCAUCGUGUGCCAGACCGUCCCUUGCCUGGUGCCCAACUGGACGCAGCCCAUCGUCAUCGGCCGCCACGCCGAAGGCGACCAGUACACGGCGGCCGACCUCGACAUCCCGGCCGCCAGCAAGGUGGAGCUCGUGUACGCACCCAAGGAGGGCGGGCCCGAGCACCGCACGGAGCUCUUCUCGUUCCCGGAGCGCGGCGUGGCGCUGGGCAUGUACAACACGGACAGCUCCAUCCGCAACUUCGCGCACUGCUGCUUCGCCUACGCCCUGCAGAAGCGCUGGCCGCUCUUCCUCUCCACCAAGAACACCAUCCUCAAGAACUACGACGGACGCUUCAAGGACAUCUUCCACGAGGUCUACGAAUCGGAGUACCGCAAGGACUUCGAGGACGCGGGCUUACGGUUCGAGCACCGGCUCAUCGACGACAUGGUGGCGCAGGCGCUCAAGUCGAGCGGGGGCUUCGUGUGGGCAUGCAAGAACUACGACGGCGACGUGCAGUCGGACGUGGUGGCGCAGGCCUACGGCUCGCUGGGCCUCAUGACCUCCGUGCUCGUCUGCCCCGACGGCAGGACCAUCGAGGCCGAGGCC